AAUCCCAAAACACUAAACAGGUGGUCCUACUCCGCCACACAGAGCCUGCCGCCGUGAUGAAACGGAACGGGUACUGAUUUUAACUCACUUCUGAUCCCCCAAGGUGCAGAACCAAAGAUUAUUAAUGGUCUGGACAUCAAAGUGCGGGAACCUUUGAUCCAGAGUUUCCCUUAGAAACGGGAAGGUCUAAGGAGAGUGGAAACUAUGAAAGUGACGGUGUGUUUUGGAAGAACUCGGGUCGUGGUUCCGUGCGGAGACGGCAACGUUAAAGUGCACACGCUCAUUCAGCAGGCCGCUGUGCGGUACAGGAGAGCCAUCGCCAAGGGUGAAGAGUACUGGGUGCAGGUGUACAGGCUGGAACAUGGUGAUGGAGGAAUUCUGGAUCUGGAUGAUGUUCUGUCUGAUGUGGCAGACGACAAAGACAGAUUGGUGGCGGUGUAUGAGGAACAGGAGCCGCAUGUCGGUGGUGAUGGCACCAGCGCGAGCUCCACAGGCACACAGUCACCUGAGCUCUUCUCUGGAGAGCAUUCCACCUCCACCCCACUGUCUGCCUUCCAGCCAUACCUGCCUCACAGCGAGAUAGAGGUCACCACCUCCACGCUCAGAACCAACAUGCCUUUGCACGUUCGUCGGAGUAGUGAUCCAGCGUUGUUGAACCUGACGGCGAUGUCAUUCUCUGAGCAGGGCUCACAACCCAAAGAACCUUCCAGGAAAAACCCCACACGCUGGUCCACUACCGCUGGCUUCCUGAAACCACGUUUCUCCACUGGCACCAACAGUCUGGAGAGAAAGGGGCGAGGUGUAGACACAUACCGUAGUCUUCCUCGUGAUGCUGGGCAGUGGAACAAUCAGAGAGAGUUUCAGCGUGAGACAGCUCGUUCUUCACUCAGCGCCAAUCAUCCAAUGGUGGACUGCUGGCUGGACCGACAGGAACAGGAAGAAGAGGAGAAUGGCAGGAUAGAACCGGUGGGACGUGCAGAUACGUGUUUAGAACACAUGGGAGUGAGAUCACUAGAUGAUAUUGUGAAACUGGUGGAAGUGUCUAAUGAUGGAGGUCCACUCGGCAUCCACGUGGUGCCCUUUAGCGGCCGUGAUCGCAGGACGCUGGGUCUGCUGGUGAAGCGAUUGGAGCGUGGAGGAAAGGCUGACGUUCAGGGUUUGUUUCAGGAAAAUGACUGCAUCAUUCGGAUCAAUAAUGGAGACCUACGGAACGUCCGCUUUGAGCAAGCUCAGAACAUGUUUCGUCAGGCAAUGCGUUCUCCUGUCAUCCUGUUCCAUGUGGUCCCAUCCUCUAUGAGAUCCCAGUACGAACAGAUAUCCCAUAAUGAAAACAACCCCAGGAUGAACUUUGACCUUUCUGGACGCUUCAGCCCAGACUCCCUCAUUAACGAGCCAGUUGGCAACACUCUAGUGGAUCACGCAGCUCACCGACUGGCACAGCACAGGCCACUCCCACCUAAUAACCAAUCAGAUAUCAGUUCUUCCCUUCAUCAUCCUAUUGGUUCAGCAGGGAAACCUCCAUCAGGCCACACCUCCUCUCCCCAAAGAGGCUUAAGCCCCACCCCCAUAACAGGCUUCACUAAAAAGGUCGGGCGGAGACAAGGAAUCCAGCUUAGAAAAGGGCCAGAAGGUCUCGGGUUCAGCAUCACAUCAAGAGAUGUCCCCUUAGGAGGCUCCGCCCCUAUUUACGUGAAGAAUAUCCUGCCAAGAGGAGCAGCCAUACAGGACGGGCGACUGAAAGCAGGGGACAGGUUGUUAGAGGUCAAUGGGGUGGAUCUGAAUGGCCGUGUUCAGGAGGAGGUGGUUUCUUUGCUGAGGGCGACGCCCAUGGGCGGGACUGUGAGUCUGCUGGUGCUGAGACAGGAAGAGGCCUUUCUACCCAGAGAGAUGAACACAGAACAGGCAAUGCAGAACACACGAGAAUGGAAGGUAGAAGAGGAGGAGUUGGUCUUAACCCCAGACGGUACUCGUGAGUUCCUGACGUUGGAAGUGCCUCUGAAUGACUCCGGCUCAGCAGGUUUGGGAGUCAGUGUCAAGGGUAACAGGUCAAAGGAGAGCCACGCUGACCUGGGCAUCUUUGUCAAGUCUAUUAUCAAUGGAGGAGCAGCAUGCAAGGAUGGCAGACUGCGAAUCAAUGAUCAGCUCAUCGCAGUCAAUGGGGAGUCGUUGAUAGGGAAAACCAACCAGGAUGCCAUGGAAACGCUGCGUAAGUCCAUGUCAACAGAGGGCAACAAGCGAGGGAUGAUUCAGCUGAUCGUGGCAAGAAAAAUCAACAAACGUCUUGAGGGUGAGAGCCGAUGUAGUCCACAUGGAUUAGAGCGGACUCUAAGUCCAUCUCCUGACGACCACGAGCGACGGAUCUCACACUCGCUAUAUGGCAUUGAGGGGCUCGAUGACAACCUAAGACCACAAUGCAACACGAAUAACUGCAAAAUGAAUCAUUAUCAGCUCUCGCCAACGGUUAACAUGCCUCAGGAUGACACGGUCAUAAUUGAAGACGAUAGGCCGUGUGUUCUCCCCUCCCACUUGUCUGAAUCCUCAUCCAGCUCUCAUGAUGACAUGGGUUUCGCUGUGGAGACGCCACCGCCGCCACCCUGGGACCAAGAGCUUCUCGCUAGCGCUCCCAUUGCCAAUGAUGAGGGGGCGUUUCAGAGGGAAGGUUUUGGCAGGCAAAGCAUGUCUGAGAAACGCACCAAGCAGUAUGGAGACGCAAGCCAACUUGACAUCAACAAGACCCGCAAGUCCAAGAGCAUGGAUCUAGUGGCUGAGAUUAACCUCACACAAUGCACUGAGAACCACACAGGCUCUUCCUCACAUGAUGUGGGCCCAUCUCUCGGCCUAAAGAAGUCCAGCUCUCUGGAGAGUUUACAGACUGCCGUUGCUGAGGUAACGCUUGACGGCGACCUCCCUUUCCACCGGCCACGCCCACGCAUCAUAAGGGGGCGGGGGUGCAACGAGAGCUUCCGAGCUGCAAUUGACAAGUCCUACGACAGGCCAGCAGCAAAUGAGGAUGAAGAGGAGGGCAUGGAAACAUUGGAGGAGGACACUGAGGGAAGCUCUCGGUCAGGGCGGGAUUCUGUUUCUACGGUAGCUGACUUAACUCCACUUCCCAUCACUGAUCAACAGCUGGUCAAUGGCAACCAGCCUCAAAACGACAAGAAGAAAGAAAAAGCAGGAAAAGACAAAAAGAAGCCUGAGAAAGAAAAGAGUAAAACAAAGAAAGGAAUGCUCAAGGGCCUCGGAGAGAUGUUCAGGUUCGGGAAGUACCGUAAAGAUGAGCGUUUGGAUGGUGGAAAGUGGAAGGUGGAGGAAACGCAGGCAUCUGAGGAGGAGACACGCCGAAUGAGACAAGAACAAGAGAGAAUUCAGGCUAAAACGCGGGAGAUUCGUCAGCGUCAGGCCAGAGAAAGAGAUUACGCUGAAAUCCAGGACUUCAGCCGGUCCACUCUGACCUCGCUUCCUGCCGAGGAGCCACUGUACGCCGGCAUCGGCUCGCUGGAACGUGGCGGGUACCAUCGUAUCCGCACGCCUCCAGACUCGCCAUAUACACAAAAACAGAAUGGCCGAAAUGGGCACCCCUCUACAUCAGACAGGCUAGUGCCGAGCAACCACGACCGAAUCCAGCGCUUACGGCAGGAGUUCCACCAGAUCAGACAGGACGAAGCGGAGCCAGACAAUCGCCACCACACCUACAGCCUGGAGCAGCCUUGGUCAAACUGCAGCUCACAUACCUCAUCUGGCCGUCAUUCAGUAUCUGUGGAGGUGCAGUUACAGAGACAGGAAGCAAGAGAUGCUUUCACACAGGCUCAGAGACAGUACAGCUCUCUACCACGCCAUCCUCGUAAGACCCCCACUCCAGCUUCAGAGAGCGAAUGGGAGAGAACAUGUCCACCUGGCGACAGAUCCCAGGCAGCUAAAGACAGCGGCCGUUACUCCAGCUACCAGGGCCCUCGUUCCUUCCCGCGCACCGUUCCCCUUUCUGGCUGCAGGAAUGGCCUAUCUGCUCAACCUGGAUCUGGCUGUACUACAGUGGGUGGCGGCUACAAUGCUCGCGUCCUAUUGGAGGCCCAGGAGCUCCUCAGACAGGAACAGAGACGCAGAGACCAGGAAAUGAAAGGAAGAGGCCCAUCAGUCCAUGUGGACUACGAAUCCCAGGAUUCUAAAGGACCCCUUAGACAGGAUGUCCCGCCCUCCCCUUCCCAGGUUGUUAGACUCGGCCGCAUACACACACCUGAGAAAUCAUGCCCCUUUUUGUCAUGAGAUAAAAAAAAAGAGGGAAAUUCAUUCACCAUGGACUCUAUUCAGAAAAACGGAAUGGUGGACAAGAUUGUUGUGUGUGACCGCUGAUAUACAAACAUUUGUUAGUCUGGUAGUUGUACACAGACUCCGCCUACCUGAGUGCCUUUUGAUUAUGAGGUCACUGCGGUCCCGCCCUAUCCAAUAGCUCAUUGGUGCAUCCAGUGGUGCUCUUGAUUCGCUGUGAAUACCUUCAUGCUCUGACAAUCAGCCUGAAACAAAUUGACUUUUGCUCCUCUGUUGAACCAUGUAGAACCAUGUCAGUCAAAAUAAGCAGUUUUCCUUGCUAUGGUGAAGUAGAGCUUUUUGUCAGAUUUGUCAGAUUAAUUUUUAAAUGUCAAGUAAAAGUUGUCAGUUAAAUUUGUAUUUGAUGUGGUUACGUUCAGAGAAAUAAUUCGCCCAAGAAUUAAAAUUCUGAUGUAAUUUAUUCAUCCUCAUGUAAUUCCAAUCUGGUUUGAUUGUCUUCUGUGCAACACAAAUGGAGAUCUUUCACACUACCCUUUUCCAUAAAAAAAAAAAAACGCAUUGACCAGGAACUGCUCCAAAAAUGAAAAGAAAAGCACCAUAAAAGUAGUCCAAAUGGCUUGAUUUGUGCAGAAGUAGGUUUUACUAGUUUGGAACGGCAAGAGGGUGAAUAAAUGAUGGCAGAAUUUUUAUUUCACGUAUGUUUAGAGUGAAAGUUGACAGGCAGGACAGAGAACAUUUUAAAAAAUGAGCGAGAAAAAUGAAACAAAAUGGGGUCACAGAUAGCAGGUCAUUAAUUGAUGCUCCUCAUUAAAUUUUCAGAGUGCUUUCACACACAGACAGAAUACAUGACCCACUGCUGCCUGCCAGGUGUGUGUGUGAGAGUUACUGCUGUCCCAGAUGACCCACACUGAAUUUUUCAUCACACACCAGCUGCUCCUGUAUUGACAGGCCACAGUGCUAUGUGAAAGUUCAGGCACAGAAAUCGUCUUCCCCAUUGCCCCUAAACACACACACAGGCUAUGUUCUGAAUAGCAUACUACAGUACCAUAUUACUAUUUGUAUAGUGUAUUUACAGAGACUGUUUGGGCCACUUCUAUUAAAAUGAAUGGGAGAAAUUAAAAUGGCCAGUGGAAGUAGAAAAGGAAGUCCCGUCUUGCAGGUAAAAGAGCCAAUCACCUUUUAGAUACAGACAUCGCUUGUCAAUCAGUUCGAGAACGCGCAUGCACAUUAGCUGUACAAGUCGGGAAAAUUGCAUUUUUUAGCAUAAUCUGAGGUAAAGAAGCACAAUUUAUGAUACCAGUGUUGUCAGAUUUUACUGACUUGACCAACCGUUUUGGAGAUAUCGGUCUUUCCCCAUUCAAGUAGAUAAGAGUUGCACUGUCAUGCCGCUUGUUUACAGAAAAAUAGCUCAAUAUCCUGCCUGAGAGCUUUCCAAAGAUGGCCGCGAGUGAACUGACUUGCUAAAAAGACUUUGGUAUAUAGUAUGAAUUAGGGAUGAACCCAUAAAAAAAAAAUUGUCUGCCGAUACUGAUAGUUUGGUGAAUUUGCUUAUUUCAUGCUACCUGUUUUCAGGUUACUGAUAAUUAAUUUAAACACAACUUCAAAAGAAAUAAUAAUUUCUUUAUGUCUCUACGUGUCUUCCAUGUUUCAGAGGAACUGGUCCUGGUUACAAUUAAAAAGUACAUUAAUAACUCACAUUAACAUUCUUAACUCAAAUUAACUGAAUUCCUAAUAGCCUUUGUUUAGGCUCACAUUAAAUUGAUAAGAUUUCUAAAUGUUUUGAAUGUUCUUAACUUAUGUUUGUCCCAUUUUAGCUGAAGCAGCCUCCGCUUUAGCUUUAACAAACUUGUUAUAUUACUUGCUGUGUCGAGUUUUAAAGAUGCACUCAGUAAUUUUUUCCUCAUUAAGAGGUUUUACUCUUAAGAUAUGAAGUGUCAUUUUUAAACAUGUAUAAAGUCAUGAGCGCUCACAUGAGAUGAAGGCACUAGUCAUAUCAGUAACAUUAUAAAAGCUGUUUAAAUCUUCACGGAGAAGGUCCCCUCAUGGGUGCUGCCAUGUUAGGAUCACAUGACCAGCCCCAUACAACUCGCUUUAUCUCAGUAACCACCCUGUUAUUGGACACUUUCACUCAUGGAUUAAAGUAAUCAUGGCUGACUGUGAAUACUAAAUUUCUACAAUGGCAUCUGUAACUGAAAUCUAUUGAUUUUCAAUGAUGCUGCAUCCACUCCACUAGGUGUCACUGUAAGUCCAAGAUGACUAACAAAAAAGUUACUGAGUGCAAAAUUUGAGUAAUUAAUUAGUUGUGUUAAAAGUUUUAACGGUAGUUCCACCUCGCAAAGUUUUAGCAGCGCAAAGCUUACAACUCUGCUGUCAUUCUCACCCAAUUCAAAGUAGUCGCACAAGAGAGAUUUUUUUACACUGCAUGAGUUUUAGUCUAUUUUUCCGCCGAUAAUACAGAUAGUUGCUUUUAUCAACUGAUACCCAUGAUUGGCCGAUACAAUUGUGCAUCUCUAGUAUGAAUACUGUCCACAUUUUCUGUAUGCAUGGAAUGACCAGAUGACCAAUUUAUGAAAUAUUGAUAAGAAUUGUUUUUUUCAUGAUCAGGACAGGAAGUAACAUCAGAUGUUAAUUUUAACAUAGACUCAAUUUAAAUAUUUUAACUUUUUUUAUGCAAAAUUGGAUUAAAAAUGCAAAAUAACUUUUUAAUUUUUUUUUUUUUUUUACUAAACAACUGGAAGCCACUCACUGAAAUAGUUCAGUGCAAUACAAACGUGAAUGUAAUGCUGUUUAGUACUGAAUAUUACAUUCUCCACUUACUAUUUUAUUUUUACAUUUCUUUAUACUUAAAACAAAUACUUGAAAAAUCAGUAUUCAGUGUAUGCUGCACAUAGUAUUUCAUUCCAAAAAUAGCCAGCACACACAUCUCCCUCUGGAUCACACUUUAGAUAAACAAUUUAGACGGAUGGAUAGAUUUAUGGAUCUUAUUGAUCAUUAUUAAGUUGAAAGUCUUUAACAGACUAACGAGCUGAACCAUUCAUGCAGCUGAACACUUUGUACUGAUCGUCUCACUCUAACUCUGCUGGAGCUGCAAGCCAGGCCCCACCCAUAUAUUAGCUCCGCCCCUGACAGCUGCUGAGAUGGUAAAUCUGCAAUACAGUGUCAGUGAUGCAUUUUAGAUCACGAACUAGAACUUUGAGUUCUGUAGAGAUGAAAGUUCUGGGCUUUGAAUCAAGAGCUCCUGUUGAGCUGAUACCCUCAGACUGUAGUGUAACAUGCUAGGUCAAUGGUCUGUGUGUGUGUGUGUGUGUGUGCGUGUGUGUGUGCGGGGGUAGCGCCAUAUGAGCCAGCCGAUACUCGUUUGACACAUAACAGUGUGACACAUGGUGCGAAACACACUCUACUGCCCAGGCACAGAUGGUUGGUUGUGUUUUGUGUGUAUGAGUUUGUGUGUAUAUGUGCUGGUAUCAAGAUGAAAAUAUGAAAAGCCUCAUUAUAACACAUUUGACUCCAAACAAUCAGACACUUUUAUUUCUAAUUGGAUCCUUUGUUCCACCAUAUCCUGUUUGGAAUUGUUCUUAUUUUUGUGACACUUGAAAGAUCAGGAAACACUGUCAGGCCUGGUCAGCCUGUUUUGUAUGUUUGCCUUCUUUUAACCCUUUUUUAACUGAAUGAAACCUCUUUUGCACCUUUAUAAAUGUCAAAUUUCCAGAUAUUAACCACAAAGUAAUAAAUACAAUGAAGUAUUAAAUACAUGAAGGCUUUGGCACAUGGACAGAUUAUUUUAUUUAUGUGUGUAUCAUAGCAACCAUCUCCAUAUGCCAUUAUGGUUUGUUUUAAAAGGUCAAGGGUCAUAAAUGAUCAUAGAUAUGUAGUUUCUGACAGAUUCUGAUGGAUCAAUGUUAGAUUUUCUAUUUUCUAUCAGUUAGUUUGUUUACAGGACUUUGUACAGUUUAUGUUUCUGCCAUUGUGCAUCAUGUUUCUGUGAUUUAUUUUUUGUUGUUGUUGUUGUUGUUUAUAUGCUGUUCCGAAUUUUGUGAUGUUUAAAAACAGCAGCUGUUUUGACUGUACAAAACUCUUGUAAAAUAAAGGAAGGGAUGCUCUUCUGUUUUCCAUA